AUGGCGCCCAAGAAGCCCUCUACCACCGCGGAAGUUGCUCUCGUUUCGUUGAAGAACUGUCUUGUGAACUUGCCGCCGUCGCUGGUCGCCUUGCUGGUCAAUGCCAACACGGCUGCCCAAAAUGUGAUCAUUGAAUUGCAGUAUAAGGCCCUUUCUGGGAAAGCCAAUGGGCCUCCCCCACAGCGGUCAUGCUUCUUGGGUUGGACGGGCAUGCCGAGCAAGCGCAAACCCGCGCCCGUCGUCGGUCGAGACGGCAUCAACGGGGGCUUCUCUAGGGAGCAAGAGGCCUCCAGCGUGGAACUAGAUACUACGUUUGGAAGACUUCUCGGUCUCACUGAAGGGCAGAAGGUCGGACUACUUGUGCACCUUGACCCGCCUAUCGCGCAUACAAUUAAUAUUGAACCAUUGACUCCUGAGGAUUGGGAGAUUAUCGAGCUCCAUGCCACAUUCCUGGAGCUUAAUCUCCUCUCACAGAUCCGCGCGCUUCCAAAUCCUACAUAUAAUGCGACGGAAGGCGAACAUAUGCACCCGCUCGCAUUGCACCUUUCUCCUACUUCUACCGCGAACAUCGUCGUCACCUCGCUUACACCCGCCCCAUCAUCUACAUCUCCGUUCGCAAAAAUUUCGCCCGAUGCCGAGGUCAUUGUGGCACCGAAGACCCGAGCGAAGACCGCAAAAUCGCCCCGGAGCACCGCAGGGAGCAGUAAGAAGAGUACUGGGGGGCGAAGUUCCGGGAGUACAGUCCGCCCGAAGAAGUCUGACUCGAGGGGCGCUCUCUACUUGAGAGGCGUAGAUCGCCUGAUGGCCGAUCAAUCGUUCGAUCCAGAAAUUGAAGAGGAUGAUAAUGACGGUCUACGUGUUUGGGUUGACCCGGAAUUGUUGGCCUCCAAUGAACUCCGCGGCGCGACUUGGGCGUGUGUUUCAAUUGUGCAGCCGUCGGGCCUGAAGCCUCCAGUCGACCCCCAGCAACAAAUCGCUCAGCAGGAGCAGAAAUCCAGUGAGGCCGGAGUCCCGACCAACAAAUUGGUAGCUAAACUGCUGCCGUGGGAGGAAGCCCCGGACAGUCGGCAUGCGGCGAUGUCCACUCUGCUGUGCACGGCCCUUGGCGCGGAGCACAUAGUGGGGGGAGUCGUGCGGGUGGAGGCCGCACCACCCCAACUACAUCGAUCCGCGGUCAAGACACUCAAAGUAUAUCCGUUUACUGGCGAUGCAUCAAGGAAAAAGGAUGGUUUGAAAUUCGGAGCUGAUACCGCGGCCUCUCGCGAUGCCUUGGCCGAGCGCCUCAAGGUUAUCUAUGGCAGCACUGGUUCUGAUCAUGGUCUUUUCGCCGGUCCAUUGACAGAUGGAAUGAUUUUACCAAAGGUCGAGAGUCACCCGUCUGUCUCUGCCUUCGAUGGCGCUAUUAUUAGAUUCGAUCCUCCCUUGAAGGGUGGCUCAGAAGAGACUAAAUCGAUGUUUGGAUGGCUUCUAGGAUCUGAAGCCAAACUCAACUUUGAAGUGCAAGCCGAAAUCCCGACACCCUCUGAUUCGACUUCAUCUGCUCUACCGAGCGAGGACCCUCUUCCGGAUACUGUUCCUCACAUGGUCGGAAUUGAUUCGAUCAUCUCGCAAUCGCUCACCAACUUGACCAAGUCCUCAUCUGUCUUGUUGACUGGUGGCCUCGGGGCUGGAAAGACAGCACUCGCUCAGCUUCUUGGUCAUCGCCUGCGCAAAGAACAGCUUUUCAACGUGAAAUACUUUUCUUGCCGCAAGCUCGUCACUGAUGAGACACGAAUCUCGAACAUUAAAGAGGUCUUGAACCGCCUCUUCAUGUCUGCUUCUUGGUGUGCCCGUCUCGGUGGUCAAGCAGUAGUAAUUCUUGAUGAUCUUGAUAAGCUCUGCCCUGCGGAAACGGAACUACAAGUUGGUGGCGAUAACGGCCGUAGUCGUCAGAACAGUGAAGUUAUUUGCUCCAUGGUUCGAGACUUUUGUUCUAUGAACUCUUCCGUCGUGCUGCUUGCCACUGCCCAAGCUAAGGAGUCUUUGAACAAUGUUAUCAUUGGCGGUCAUGUUGUUCGUGAGAUCAUCAGCAUUCGGGCCCCUGACAAGGAAGGACGCCGCAAGGUGUUGGAGAAGCUCACUACCCAGGAUAGAGCCACUGAGAGUCUCAAUGGCCAUGUUCGUUCGCAGAGCUCUUCCACACAAAACACACAAGACUCAUGGCUUGACCCAUCAAAUCCUGGCAGCCGACCAAGCUCCUCUGGUGGUGAUGGAUUCGUAUUGAGUCGCGACGUGGACAUGCUCGAGCUUGCCGGAAAGACCGAUGGAUACAUGCCCGGGGAUCUUGUGUUGCUGGUUGCUCGUGCGCGUAACGAAGCACUUAUCCGCUCCGUUCAAGAUGUCACAGUCGAGUCUAAGAUGAUCAACUUUGGGUUGGAAGACUUUGAGAGUGCCCUAAAGGGCUUCACCCCGGCAUCCCUCCGGAAUGUCACUCUCACUUCGUCUACAACAACAUUCUCGGCUAUCGGCGGUCUCUUCGAGACUCGCCAGAUUCUGCUUGAGACCCUGCAGUACCCCACCAAGUAUGCGCCGAUUUUUGCACAGUGCCCGUUGCGACUGCGGUCUGGUCUACUCUUGUAUGGUUUCCCCGGUUGUGGUAAAACGAUGUUGGCCAGUGCCGUGGCGGGCGAGUGUGGUUUGAACUUCAUCAGUGUCAAGGGUCCCGAGAUUUUGAACAAGUAUAUCGGUGCUAGUGAAAAGAGCGUUCGCGAUCUUUUCGAGAGAGCGCAGGCGGCUCGCCCUUGUAUUCUCUUCUUCGACGAAUUUGACAGUAUUGCACCAAAGCGUGGCCACGACUCCACUGGUGUCACUGAUCGUGUCGUCAACCAGCUUUUGACACAGAUGGAUGGUGCCGAGGGUCUCUCAGGCGUUUAUGUUCUUGCUGCGACAUCUCGUCCGGAUCUGAUCGAUCCCGCUCUGUUGCGACCCGGUCGUCUUGACAAGUCCCUGCUUUGUGAUAUGCCUUCGCACGCAGACCGCGUUGAUAUCAUCAAGGCAGUCAGCGAGAAGCUGAAGAUGAAUGACGAGGUUGCUUCUCGUCUGAGUGAAGUUGCUGAUCAGACUGAGGGCUUCUCUGGUGCUGACCUCCAGGCGAUCGUGUACAAUGCCCAUCUUGAGGCAGUGCACGACGCACUAGGCGAUCGCACCACUGGGAACGAAAAGCCCGGUGCCAAAUCCAGCGCCACAAAGUCUUCCGCAAGCGCCUCGAGCAAAUCCUUUAUCCAGUUCCUCUACUCAUCCUCAGAGGAAGCCUCCGGCUCGGUCUCGAUGCCACCUCCAGCUGUGAUCGCAGCCAAGCUCGAAGCUAUCAAGAACUCCCGUCGCCGUCAACGCCAGCUCGAGAACGGCUCGGCCAACACCGGCUCCAGCGCCGCCGCAACACCAGCCACCAAGGGUGCCGAUCCAUCUGCCGACGAGUUGCGAGACGAGAUCAUCGUGCGAUGGGAACAUAUUGAGCGCUCCCUCGCCAGCACACGCUCUUCACUCAGUUCCGCCGAGCGUCGUCGGCUCAGCGGGAUCUACCGGGAAUUCAUUGCCGGCCGAAAUGGUGAAAUGCCCAACGGUGAGCCCUCGAAUGAGAUCGGUGGCCGGUCGAGUCUUAUGUGA